UAUGAGGCGAGCGCAGGGGGACAGGGACCAGCAGCUGUCGCCGCCGUUCUCAGAGAUUUCCUGCUAGACAAGACAAACUAGAGUUUUCCUACUGAUUAGACUUGGGUAAAGAAAAACCAGAAAUCUUUGCCCCCCUGACUUUGGAAACCCAGCUUAACCUUCAAACUGGCGAUGUCAAGGGUUCCAAGUCCUCCACCUCCGGCAGAAAUGUCGAGUGGUCCCGUGGCUGAGAGCUGGUGCUAUACACAGAUCAAGGUAGUGAAAUUCUCCUACAUGUGGACCAUCAAUAACUUUAGUUUUUGCCGGGAGGAAAUGGGUGAAGUCAUAAAAAGUUCAACUUUUUCAUCAGGAGCCAAUGAUAAACUGAAAUGGUGUUUGCGAGUAAAUCCAAAAGGGCUAGAUGAAGAAAGCAAAGAUUACCUGUCACUUUACCUGUUAUUGGUCAGCUGUCCAAAGAGUGAAGUUCGGGCAAAGUUCAAGUUCUCCAUCCUGAAUGCCAAGGGAGAAGAAACCAAAGCUAUGGAGAGUCAGCGAGCUUAUAGGUUUGUGCAAGGCAAAGACUGGGGAUUCAAAAAAUUCAUUCGUAGAGAUUUUCUCUUGGACGAGGCCAAUGGGCUUCUCCCUGAUGACAAGCUCACCCUCUUCUGCGAGGUGAGCGUAGUACAAGAUUCUGUCAAUAUUUCUGGACAGAAUACCAUGAAUAUGGUAAAGGUUCCUGAAUGCCGGCUGGCCGAUGAGUUAGGAGGGUUGUGGGAGAAUUCUCGAUUCACAGACUGCUGCUUGUGUGUGGCUGGCCAAGAAUUCCAGGCUCACAAGGCUAUCCUAGCAGCUCGGUCUCCAGUUUUCAGUGCCAUGUUUGAACAUGAAAUGGAGGAGAGCAAAAAGAAUCGGGUUGAGAUUAACGAUGUGGAGCCUGAAGUUUUUAAGGAAAUGAUGUGCUUCAUUUACACGGGGAAGGCGCCAAACCUUGACAAAAUGGCUGAUGAUUUGCUGGCAGCUGCUGACAAGUAUGCCCUGGAGCGCUUGAAGGUCAUGUGUGAGGAUGCCCUCUGCAGUAACCUCUCCGUGGAGAAUGCUGCAGAAAUUCUCAUCCUGGCUGACCUCCACAGCGCAGAUCAACUGAAAACUCAGGCAGUAGAUUUCAUCAACUAUCAUGCUUCGGAUGUCUUGGAGACCUCUGGGUGGAAGUCAAUGGUGGUGUCACAUCCCCACUUAGUGGCUGAAGCGUAUCGUUCUCUGGCUUCAGCACAGUGCCCUUUCCUGGGGCCCCCAAGAAAACGCCUGAAGCAGUCCUAAGAUCCUGCCAGUUGUGAGACUUCAUUUAUUUUCGGGAAGCAGCAACCACCGUUGCUGCCAAUGACCACCAGGUAGACAGCGCAAUCUGUGGAGCUUUUACUCUGUGUCAGGGGAAAGACUGCACCAUGACCCAGACUUUAAAACAGCACUAAAUAACUUAGGGGAAUGGGGGGGAGGGAAGGGCCCAGGACUUGGGGCUGCUCAACCUAAUGAAAACCCUGUUGCCGUGUCACCGUGUUCCCUUUGGCCUGACCAAGUUUGACACUGGGAUUCAAUUUAGGCGCUGGCCCCAAGCACAUCCCAGCAGUGCUACUUCGGAGGAACCUGCCUGCAUCUGACUGAGCAGAACAAAUCGUCAGGUGCCUGGAGCAAAAAGGAAAAAAAAAUGGACAUUUAGUUUUAAGAGAAGGGAAAAGGAAAGAAGAAAGAAUUUUUUUCAAAAAUCAGUUUGUGGAUUCCAGUAGUAUUUAUGUUGAAAGAAGCAAAUUUUAGUCCUUCCAACUGUGCUAAGCCUUGGAUAUUUGUGAAAACUCCUCACUACCGUACACGUAUCAGAAGAGCUCUCUCAUUCGCACUUACUGCUUGCAAGAACAGAGCCCAUCCUUUUAUCCUGUUAUGAAAAGUGACACACGAAGGCAAAGGGGGAAGGAGUUAUUUGAUCUGCAAGAUGAGUGUUUUGAUGGUAGUGGCUUUUGCAAAAAUCUUUAUUGGUGUUGAAAACUGGAAAAAUAAUUCAUCCAGAAUUCAUACUGUCUUGACAAGAACUAUAGUUCUGUUUUUAGGUAUCGUGGAAAAUGGUUUUGUUUUGGUUUUUUUUUUUUUUUUUUUUUUUUUUU